AUGGGUAGAGGUGGUCAUACAUGUUUAAAUAAUUAUUGCCAAAAUGAAUUAAAAUUCGAAAUUCCAAAAGAUGUUACUAAAAAACCACAAUUAAUUCCACUAUCACCAAUAAAUAAACAAAUUUUAAAAAAAAUUAAAAAUAAUAAUAAAAAACAAAAAAAGAUGGAAAAGAAAUUAAAUCAAUUUGAAUUUUUAAAUAUUUUUGAAAUUGAUAAAAAUAAUAUUUCAUUUUCAACAACUGAUGAUGAUGAUGAUGAUGAUAAUAAUGAAAAGAUUAGUAAAUUAAAUAAUUCAAUUAAUAAUAAUAAUUAUAAAGAAAACAAUAGUAAUAUAAUCAUUGAAAAAACACCAGAUUUAAUUGAAAAUGAUGAAUUAAUAAUAGACAAUAAUGAAAAAGAAAAUCAAGAAAAAGAAAAAAAAUUAAAGGAGGAGGAGGAGGAAGAGGAAGAAAGAUUAUUUUUAGAAUUAGAGAAAGAAAAAGAAAUUUUAGAAGAUGGAGAAUUUAAUGAAAUUUUUGAAUCAAUUGGUGAUAUAAAUGAAAUUGGAGAAGAGUAUGAGUAUCAAUUAACAAAUAAAAAGACUUGUUUAUAUAAAAGAGUGACAAAGGAUAAUAAGAAACCAAAGGUAUCAAAAAGACCAGAAAAAGCCAUUGAAUUAUCAAAAGAGGCAAGAAAGAGUUAUUGGUUAUCUUUCCACUUCGGAAAACAAUUGGAUACAAGACCAAAAGAAGUUAAGAUCAGUCAACUCAGUUUCAAUGGCACCGGUAAAGAAGAUUCUUAUGAGGCUCAAUUACGUAAAGCUUUAUCAUUAAGUAAAUCUGAAUACGAUAGACAAGUUAAAAAGGAUAUUACACCAUUAUCACAACUUCAAAUUAAUGAUAUACUCAAUAGAGAGUUAACACCAGAAGAUUAUGAAUUAUUACUCUUAUUAGAUGAAAAUAUUAAACCAAAAACUGUAGAUGAAGAUGAUAUCAAUAAAUUAUUAACAGUGAAAUUUGAUACUCAACUCUUGCAACAAUUCUCAACCUGUAUGAUUUGUUUAUCUGAUUUCGAUCUUGGUGAAUCAAUCAUUAAAUUACCAUGCUCUCACAUUUUCCAUAUUAAUUGUAUUUCAAAUUGGUUAUCAAAUGCUUCUACAAAAUGUCCAAUUGAUAAUAUUCCUAUUGUAAAUAAUUAA